AUGAAUAUACUCAAAUCAAGAUACAUCAUACUUAAACCAACAAGAAUUACAAAAUGUCGACUGAUUGAUAUAGAAUUUUUCUUGAUUAUUUACUUUUAUGUCAUAGGCUUAUUCUCUUCUUUCUUCAAUAAUCUUCUUUUAUUUUAUUCAUAUUCUCUGCUUCAUUUCUAUUCUAAAUAUUAUUAUUUCUCUGUCUCUCUUUUGUUUUUUUUUUUUAAUCUUUUGUAUUAUUCUUUUCAUUUCUCUAUACCUCUUGUUCUUUUGUUUCUUUCUAAUUAUAUUUUUAUUCUUUUCUUAAUAUUUUUCAAUCUUAUUAAUUCUUUCAUAUUCUUUUUCAUUUCUUUUUAUCAUUUCUUUUUAUCAUUUCAUGUUCAUUUUAUUUGCUAUCCUAUUUUCUUCUAUCAUCAUUUAUCAUUAAUUUAUUAUGUAAAUAUUUGA